GUUUUAUUAUCUAGAAUACAAGAAGGCCGACCCUACAAUAAAAUUAGCUAUCUGACAAUAUAAUGCUAUAUAUUCAACUCCAUAAAGGAAAGCUUUUAAUUUUCAACUUGAAACAGAAGGAAAACAAGGGAAAUAUCAAGAAGAAGAGGAGGAGGAAGGAUUUAGAGGAUUCAGCAAUCAUCUUCUGCUUCUUCUUUGAUUGAAAAAUGGGGUCGCAGGUGUCUAAACAGAAGGAAAGGCGUAAGGCAAUCUCGACAGAGAAGAAAACGCUGUGUGACCUUCAUGACAGUUGUGGGGAAACAUUUCCAGGUAGCGACUACCGUCCUGCUGAUAGGAAGAAUUGGAUGGCUGGCCUCGGUCCGGAGAAGGUUCAUAUAAACAAGAUUGUAUGGCCCGGAACUCAUGAUUCUGCCACCAACAAGAUUGGCAUACCGUGUAUCUCUCGCCCUUUUGCGCAAUGCCAGUCUUUGUCCAUCUACCAACAGCUUGUUAAAGGCACCAGGGUUCUGGAUGUUCGAGUUAAUGAGAAUCGUCGUGUUUGCCAUGGAAUCCUGUCGACUUACAGCGUUGACGUUGUGAUCAAUGAUGUCAAGAAGUUCUUGUCAGAAACACAGUCAGAGAUCAUAAUUCUUGAGAUCCGCACUGAAUUCGGGCACCAGGAUCCUCCUGACUUUGACAAGUACCUAGAGGAAAAACUUGGGGAGUUCCUGAUCCACCAGGACGAUCACGUCUUUGGCAAAACAAUUGCUGAAUUGUUGCCAAAGAGGAUUAUCUGCGUUUGGAAACCAAAUAAGUCUCCCAAGCCUAAGGCAGGUUCUCCGUUCUGGAGUGCUAAUUAUCUGAAGGACAACUGGAUAGACACAGAUUUACCGUCGACAAAGUUUGAUAGCAAUAUGAAGCAUUUGGGUGAGCAACAACCAGUUUCAUCAAGGAAAUUCUUUUACAGGGUGGAGAAUACAGUCACACCUCAGGCAGAUAACCCCGUGUUAUGUGUUAAACCAGUGACUGGCCGGAUUCAUGGAUAUGCUAGGCUGUUCAUUACUCAGUGCUUUUCCAAAGGUUGUGCUGAUCGGCUGCAAAUUUUCUCGACAGAUUUUAUUGAUGAGGAUUUUCUUGAUGCUUGUGUUGGCUUUACACACGCCAGGGUUGAAGGGAAGUGUUGAUGAAUUUGUGAAGUUCCUUUUCUUCUCUUUCUGUACAAUAAUUUGUGAUAUUUUCUCUUGUAACUAGUUUCUUCAUCCACGGAGUUGGCUGUCUAGUCAUUUGUUUUCAUGCAAAUUUAUUUGUUUUGUAAUGUAGUAGAAUAUGGAAACAAGCUUCAAAUUUCACUUAUUA